CUCCUGACUCUUGGUCAUGUGGCGUUUACAGUCGGAGGUGAUCCUACGGAGAAAGAGAGAGUGUGUGAAUAACAACCUGGGUCUCUUCAAACAAACAAAUCAAAAAAGCAGCUCGGUGGUCGUCUGUGCCUGGUUUUGUUUGUCCCGUUCACGCGUCCAGCAUGGCUUGGACUAAAUACCAGCUGUUCCUCGCCGGACUUAUGCUCACAACGGGCUCUAUCAACACAUUGUCUGCAAAAUGGGCUGAUAUGUUCUCAGCACGGGGUUGCCACGAUGGCCCUGAUCAUGGGUUCGCUCACCCAUUUGUACAGGCGGUGGGUAUGUUUCUGGGUGAGUUCAGCUGUCUCGCAGUCUUCUACAUCUUGCUUUGCCACGACAGACGUAGUCCAGUGCCCAGGAUGAACCCGGGGCAGAGCUUCAACCCUCUCCUCUUCUUACCCCCUGCCAUGUGUGACAUGACGGCCACCUCCAUCAUGUAUGUCGCACUCAACAUGACCAGCGCCUCCAGCUUCCAGAUGCUGCGUGGAGCCGUCAUCAUCUUCACCGGUCUACUCUCUGUGGCUUUUCUGGGGCGGCGCCUGGCAGCUAGCCAGUGGCUCGGCAUCAUGAUCACCAUCCUGGGCCUGGUGAUAGUGGGCCUCGCCGACUUCUUCAGUGGCCAUGGAGACGACACACACAAACUCAGUGACGUCAUCACAGGAGACCUUCUGAUCAUCAUGGCUCAGGUCAUUGUUUCAGUGCAGAUGGUCCUGGAAGAAAAGUUUGUCUACAAACACGACGUCCAUCCUCUUCGAGCCGUUGGAACUGAAGGUUUCUUUGGUUUCUUCGUCCUGUCGCUGCUGCUCAUCCCCAUGUAUUUCAUUCACGUGGGUGACUUCAGCAACAACCCUCGACACGUGCUGGAGGACGCGCUGGACGCCUUCUGUCAGAUCGGACACCAGCCCCUCAUCCUGCUGGCCCUGCUGGGCAACACGGUCAGCAUCGCCUUCUUCAACUUCGCCGGGAUCAGCGUCACCAAAGAGAUCAGCGCCACCACCCGCAUGGUGCUGGACAGCCUGCGCACACUGGUCAUCUGGGUGGUGAGCCUGGCACUCGGCUGGGAGCAGUUUCAUGGCCUGCAGGUCCUGGGCUUCUUGGUCCUGCUGGUUGGCACGGCGCUCUACAACGGACUGCACCGCCCCCUGCUGGCCAGGAUACCGUGCUGCGCCGGGAUGGUGAACACAGAGGAGGAGAGCAGCCCUGGAGAAAGAGAGAGACUCCUGAACGACGACAAGGCACAGACCGGGGGCGAGAGCUAAAACUUGUUUACGGCCGACACACUCAGCACAGACGGCUUCCACGUGUACUGCACUGUCUGUCAAAGACACUGCACCUCUUAUGAAUGCUGUCCGUUAUAGUCUCUUUUAAAAAAAUUUUUUUUGUUCACACCUCACAUUUCAACUGACCACACACAAUCCUGUAACAUGUGUGUGGAAGCUUUUUUAAGAAAUAGUUCAAGUUCAGUUUUUGGGAAAAUGCGCUCAUUUACUUUCUUUCUGGUGAGUGUUGAAUGAGAGGAUUGAUACCACUCUCAUGUCUGUUGGCUAAAUAUGGAGUUCACAACGUGACCUUUUUACAUUUCAGUUUUUGUACAGAUUAAACAAACUCAGUGAGCUUUAGAGGUACUGGUAGACAGAUGUUGUUAGCUUUGGACAAGACAGACUGGCUCUUUCCUCCUGUAUCCAGUUUUUGCUAAGCUAAGCUAACUAGCUGGUAACUGUGCCUUCAUACCUACUGUACAGACCGAAGGGAGGCAUCAAUCUUGUCAGCUAAAUCUCAGCAAGAAAGUAAAUAUGCGCAUUUCCCAAAAUGUCCGACAGAUAGUGAAGGUGUAACAUAAAGCUGUGAUAUAAAAGCUGGAGCUUUUAUAUUACAAAAUGGGUUUUUAGGGAUUCCUUUAAUUUAGAGAUGAAAAUAAUUUAUAUCCAGUAUCAACAUUUGCUCCCUGAGCCUCACCCCUGUUUUUGAAGUGACUGAUUUUUUUUACUGUUUUUUAAAGUUAAGUCACAGGUCUACAAAAACUACGACAGAAUUUAAUGGUGGACUUUUUGAUGUUUUAUGUAGAUUAUCUUAAAUAGGUACAUCAUUGUCACUUUGUUUCUGAUAUUGAUUUAAUAUCAGACUAAAUGGUCCUGAAUGCAAUUUUUUAUGUCUUGUGAUCUGUUUUCAGAAUGGGUUUUAUUUUUUUAAAUAUUGCUGACCGUGCAGUAUGAGUGUGCCAAAGUGUUUCCAGUAUGUGUGCACUAAACACCAAUUCACUGCAGAGGCACUACAGAUAUAUAUUAGAUAAUCAGACCACAGAGACACUUUGUUCAUCUCAGUUUAGCUGAUACAGACUCUAGUGUAUGAACAGAAAAGCAAAUUAUAUACAGACAUAUUCAGAUGAAUAUAACUUUAUAUUUGCUCUCUGACCUUCAACAUGUAUCAAAAAGUCAGAGCUCAUACACCACGUGAUCUGCACUUGUUAUUUUAAGUCCUGUUUCUCCUUCAGGCUUUAACAUACAACAAGAAAAAAGGGAACUGUCACUAAUUCACAAUUGUUGAAUAGUGCAAUGGCAUUUUUACUCAGGCCUGCGUUGACCUGCAGAAAAAUAUAGUCAGUGGAUGUAAUGUAAUGUCAAAAAAAAGAAAAUACAUGUCUGAAACAACCUCUAAAGUGUUUGUACUGUUGUAAUGUUGUGUUUAGAGCUUUGUUCCAUCCAUAAAAGAUGAAUGUUUCUGAAAAUCACUUGAUCAUUAUGUUUUUUACCCAAGCAAAAAUGAAGCUUCUCAAAUGUGUUUUAUCUUUUUAAAUUGAAUAUCAUUGGGGUUUUAGGCUUUUAGCUGGACAAACUACAUAUUUAAGACAUUUCUCAAAACUUGUGAUGGUCUUUUUUUCCAUAUUUUAUAUACUAAACUAUCUAUUACACAAAUUAAAUUGCAGCUUAAAUUGUGUUCAGUGCA